GCAUUCCGCAUUUGGCUCCCACCCGACCAAGCAGCUUCACCCCCACACUCGUCCACCAUGGUCAUCGCCAACAACGCCACCCUCGAGGAGCAGGACCCGGAGAUCUUCAACCUCAUUGAGGCUGAGAAGAACCGUCAGUGGAAGUGCCUGGAGCUCAUCGCUUCGGAGAACUUCACCUCGCGUGCCGUCAUGGACUGCCUGGGCUCGUGCCUCACCAACAAGUAUGCCGAGGGUCUGCCGAACGCGCGUUACUACGGCGGUAACGAGGUCAUCGACAAGAUCGAGAUCCUGUGCCAGCAGCGCGCCCUGACGGCCUACGGUCUGGACGCCGAGAAGUGGGGCGUCAACGUGCAGCCCUACUCUGGCUCGCCCGCCAACUUCGCCGUGUACACGGCUCUGCUGCGCCCGCACGACCGCAUCAUGGGCCUGGACCUGCCCAGUGGAGGCCACUUGACCCACGGUUUCUACACGUACUCUAAGGCUGAGAAGACGCGCAAGGCCGUGUCCGCUACGUCCGUGUACUUCGAGUCGCUGCCCUACCGCGUGAACGCCGACACCGGCCUGAUCGACUUCGAGAAGCUCGCUGAGCAGGCUGCUCUCUUCAAGCCCGCUAUGAUUGUGUGCGGUGGCAGCGCUUACCCGCGUGACUGGGACUACGCCGCCUUCCGCAAGAUCGCUGACGACAACGGCGCUCUGCUCAUGUGCGACAUGGCCCACUACAGCGGCCUGGUCGCCACUAAGGAGCACGCCAGCCCCUUCGACUACUGCGACAUCGUGACCACGACGACGCACAAGUCGCUGCGUGGCCCCCGUGCUGGUAUGAUCUUCUUCCGCCGUGACGAGCGUGGCUUCGAGCCCCGUAUCAACAACGCCGUGUUCCCCGCCCUCCAGGGUGGCCCGCACGAGCACCAGAUUGCCGGCAUUGCCGCUCAGCUCAAGGAGGUGCAGACGCCCGAGUUCAAGGCCUACGUGCAGCAGCUCAAGGCCAACGCUAAGGUCCUGGCCAAGACCCUGACCGACCUGGGUUACUCGAUGUGCACGGGCGGCACUGACAACCACCUGAUCCUGUGGGACCUGCGUCCUCAGGGCGUCACGGGCUCCAAGCUCGAGAAGCUGUGCGACAUGGUCUGCAUCACGCUGAACAAGAACGCCGUGCUGGGCGACCGCAGUGCUCUGACCCCGGGUGGUGUGCGUGUCGGUACGCCUGCUCUGACGAGCCGUGGCUUCAAGGAGGCCGAGUUCGUUAAGGUCGCCGAGUUCCUCGACCGUGCUGUCAAGCUGUGCGUGGAGAUCCAGAACACGAGCGGCAAGAAGCUGGUUGACUUCAUCAAGGGCGCUGAGGCCCACGAGGGCGUUAAGCAGCUGCGUCGCGACGUCAACGCUCUUGCCACGUCCUUCGAGAUGCCCGGCUUCAAGAUCUCGGAGAUGCGCAACAAGACCAUUGAGGAAUAAGCGCUUCUCUGCCUUGCCGCAUGAGAGUUAGUUUGUCUUUCCACUGAAGGCUUCCUAUAGAUUGUGUGCGGUGCAAAUUGGGAGCUGCUUGUUGACAAGCACCUUCCACCUCUGACAUAGUAAAUGCAUGUCAUGUGAUCCAAUCUAAACAACACACACAAACCCCACUCAAUAUAUUCAGCCCACAGUCGAUGGCCUCAUUCACUCUUA